AUGUUGUUCGACAAGGUGAAGGCGUUCGCGGUGCAACUAGACGGGGCCAGCGUGGGAGCGGAGCCUGUGUUCAGCGGUGGUCAGGCCGUGGCUGGCCGUGUGCUGCUCGAGCUGUCGGGUGCGGCGCGCGUGGGCGCCCUGAGGCUGCGUGCUCGGGGCCGUGCUCAAGUGCAUUGGACCGAGUCACGCAGCGCGGGCUCAAGCACCGCGUACACUCAGAGCUACAGCGAGCGCGUGGAAGUGGUGAACCACCUUACCACGCUCCUUGCUCCAGACACCGGAGAGACUACAACUCUGCCCCCUGGCCUCCAUGAGUUCCCGUUCAGCUUCCAGCUGCCCCCGACCCUGGUAACGUCUUUCGAGGGUAGACACGGCAGCGUCCGCUACAGCAUCAAGGCCACCUUACACCGGCCCUGGGCCCCCGCGCGCAGGGCCAGGAAAGUGUUCGUCGUCAUUGAACCUGUGGAUAUCAACACUCCGGCCCUGCUGGCACCCCAGGCAGGCGUCCGGGAGAAAGUCGCCCGGACCUGGUACUGUAACCGUGGCCUUGUCUCCCUCUCAGCUAAGAUUGACCGAAAGGGCUACACGCCAGGUGAGGUGAUCCCUGUCUUUGCGGAGAUUGACAACGGUACCACACGCCCUGUACUACCAAGGGCAGCUGUGGUCCAGACGCAGACCUUCAUGGCACGAGGCGCCCGCAAGCAGAAGCGGGCAGUGGUGGCCAGCCUGGUGGGCGAGCCCGUGGGCCCCGGGCGGCGGACCCUGUGGCAGGGCCGGGCACUACGGAUCCCACCUGUGGGCCCCUCCAUCCUGCACUGUCGUGUGCUGCAUGUAGACUACACACUCAAGGUCUGUGUGGACAUCCCAGGCACGUCCAAGCUGCUCCUGGAGCUGCCAUUGGUCAUCGGCACUGUGCCCCUGCACCCCUUCGGCAGCCGCUCAUCUAGUGUGGGCAGUCAUGCCAGCUUCCUGCUGGACUGGGGGCUGGGCGCCCUGCCAGAGCAGCCUGAGGCUCCUCCUGAAUACUCAGAGGUGGUGGCAGAUGAGGAGGUACCCACCGCGGAACAGAACCUCUUCCCACCACUGCCAGACCUUGACCUAGGCCUUGAGGGCCCCUUCUUUACCUACAUUCAGGAGUUCCGCUACCGCCCACCACCCCUGUACUCUGAGGAGGACCCUCACCCACCCACGGAGGCUAUCAGACCUCGCUGCAUGACCUGCUGA